CAUAAGCAAUUUCAUUACUAUUAACAACUGACUUCUUCUUUUCUUGUCCUUCUCUCUUCCUCUCUUCUUUUGCUCCUUCAUCAUUACCUAAUUCCAAAGAUAAUACUCUGUGCAACAAACGUACCUUCUUAGACAAAAUGGAGGUUUCAAUGUUCACAAGCUUCAAUGAUCUGGGAAUGAUGAAUGACGUAAACUUCAUGAAUCAUCAACUUCAAAUGAAUUCAAUGGAGGAACUAUUUGGGCCAGCUAUAAUACCUAAUUGUGUUAAUAAUUUUGAGUUAGCACCUGGAACAAAUCAAGUUCUAGGCUGCAAAAGAUCAUCGGCACAAUUUCUUGAACAUUAUCAUCAAAAUACUGCCAUGGAAAGACCAAGUAAACAAAUCAAAAUGGAUAAUAACAAUUGGGGUUGUUAUGAUCAGAUCAUGAAUCAUAAUCCUGAUCAUAUAUUAAAUUCAUUAUCACAAACUAACUCAGCUUCUUCAACUAUGCUAUGUUUUUCAAAUAAUUCAUCUAUCAGCUCGAAUUCCAAUCAAGUAUCGGGUGGGCUUCUUAAGCCUAAAGAAGAAGUUGCUGUUGUUUCGAAUCCUACUUUUCCUUGUCAUGAUCAACCUUCUGUGGAAGCUUCUAGAUCCAAUCAUGUUGAGAAGAAUAGUGUGCAGCCUCAACAAUGUAAGGAUCAUAUUAUUGCUGAGAGGAAACGAAGGGAAAAACUUAGCCAAAGGUUUAUUGCUUUGUCUGCUCUCAUCCCUGGUCUUAAGAAGAUGGACAAAGCAACUGUACUAGGAGAUGCAGUAAAAUACGUGAAACAAUUGCAAGAACGAGUACGAGCAUUAGAAGAGGAAGCUAAAAAUAACAAAAUGGAAUCAGCAGUUCUUGUCAAAAGAUCUUAUGUUACUGCAGAAGAUGAAUAUGCUGAUUUUUCAUCAGAAAAAAAGUUAUCUGAAAAUUCAAGUUGUGAUGAUAAUCCAUUAUUCCCAGAAAUUGAAACAAGAUUCUCAGAAAAAAAUGUAUUGAUAAGAAUAAAUUGUGAGAAGAAACUAGAAAUUAUUGAGAAACUUAUGUCAAAGAUUGAACAACUUCAUCUUGUGGUUAUUAGUAGCAGUUCAUUGGCUUUUGGAGGUUCUGCACUUGCUCUUACAAUUGUAGCUCAAAUGGGUUCUGAGUUCACAAUGACAGCAAAAGAUAUAGUGAGACAAAUACACACUAUUCUCAAGUGAUCAAUUAAGCUUCACAUGAACAAAAAUUAAGGAAGAAUUAACUUCUUUUAUACAUUAUCAUAUACAUAAAAAGAUCAUUCAGAUUUGCUGCUUCUGUAAUAAUCAUUACCCAGUUUUUAUUCAUAUAAUACGUAUUAGUAGCCUGUUUUCUCUAGGGUUUCAUUUUUCAGGUGGGUUUAUUUCUUUUUAUUUUUUGCAUGGUUUUUAGUAUUUAUACUAAAACCGUGUUGCAACUAAAUACCCGCCUGUUUUUAGAAUUGACCCAGAGCUUUACUUUAGGCUUUUUUAAGGGAUUCACUUUAUAAUUAUGUUCCUUUUUUUUUAAUUCUGGUAAAAAUCCUUAUGUUAAUGGUUUGAUGAGGCCUUUGUUCCUUAUUGUUAGUGUUUUAUUAUUGUUAAUAUAAUAUAUAAAAGAUUUUUACACUGCGGUCACGAAAUAUUUAUAUCCCACAAUACAGUCUGUAAGCUCACUUGUGCUUGACUUCAAAGUUGGGACUUGGGUUAUUGACGGUUCUCAUAAAUAGAAGCGGCUAACAUUGUCAAUGUUUCAAUUCUAAUUAUUAUCAUAAAUAGAAGAUCAAAAAGAAACGGAGGAAGUACUAUUAUAAUUAUUAUAAUUAUUAUCAUUACUCGUUUAUUAAUUAUUACAUUCUUGUAAUUAUCGAUAUUGUGGACUUCUUGUUAUAAUAACUCAC